AUGCGAGAGCCGAGCGCCGAGGUCGCGGGUGGAGGGUCCCUCCUCCGUCUCGGUGAGGAACUUGCCAAAACUUUCCGUCCGAAGCUCCGCACACACGCCGCCGCAGCGCCGCAGCGCACCGCGGCCCGCGACAGUGCCUUACCUCUCGCCCCGCCGCGGCACCACCCCCGCACGCCUUCUCACCCUUGCUACUACUCGCUACGUGUCACGCUGACAUCGUUCCCUUAUUCCAAUACAGUCUACGUGCACAUCGUCAUUGACUGGGCGCUCACACUAAGCCACUCGACGACGCAGAAUGAGCGGGAAACGAACAUUAUCUAA